AAAAUUAAACAUUUAUUUGUUUUGUUUAAAAAAGUUGCUUCUAACUUUUAAUUUUAAAAUGAUUUGUCAAAUUAUUGUUAUUAAAAAAUGACUCGGUUUUUUUUCAAUUCAAGAUUUUUUAGUUGAAAAUAAAUAAUGAAAACCCAACAAAACUGCUAAAAAACAUGUCUGCUACUUCUUCCACUGGAUUUCAUUGGUCGGUAAUGGCGGGUGUUUUCGCCGCCUGUGCCUCCAUCUCCGCCAAGUUCGCCAUGUCGACUUUCAUUCACGACGUCUGCUUCGAGUUUAUGAGUUCGUCUGUGACGGACGUCUCUCCAGAACAUUCUACGCCCUCCAAGUUAAAUUACGAACACAUCUGUUAUUAUCCUAGUAUGCUUUUCCGAGUCUCGUGUUUUGCAUUCGUAUUCAUCUGCAAUGGCCUUAUGUGGACAUUUUUCACGAAAAGUCUGCAACUGACCAAUUCACUUACUGCAACAAUCAUCAAUUCAUCUGUAAAUCUCUUCCUUACUGCUCUCGUUGGCUGGUUGUUGUUUGAAGAGGUGCUGAACACAAUGUGGGUACUUGGAUCGGCCUUCAUAGUUGUCGGCCUCGUAAUCAUUCAGAAACAUUCAUUUGAACAAACAGCUCUUUCACAGAAGAAACAUCUUUAAUAAUAUUUUUUACUAAUUCAACUCUUGCUAUAUCUAAUUUUAGUCUUUUCGUUAUUUUUGUAAUAACAAUGAUAUUUAUAAAAAAAAAAUUUUAAGUGCUGUCUGCAAACUAAUAAAAUGUCAACUGAUGAGUGAUAACACUAGUGAUGAUAAACCUUAAUGAUUACUGAUUUUUCUAUCUAUUUGAGCUAAUUUAGCUAAAUCGUGGUUGCGUAUUGGUGUAAUAUUGUUGCUUAGAUGGCAUUUCGCAUAUAUGAAAUUCUCAGUUCUUUGAUGGUUAAACCGACGAAAAAGCGAUGUAUUUUGUUGGUUAGACCUGCUUUGUCUCAUUGCGGUCUGUAUAUGGUUGCUGAUUGUCACGGUCUGUAUAUGGUUACUGACGGUUGCGGUCUCUUGUCUUGGUGUUUAAUAAUAAAAUUAAAAUCUCGGAAGAAUGUUGAAUAAAGUUUAUCGGUUAAAUGAUUAUUGCACGAUACGUUUAAACAUUUGAUGGACAAGACAAAAAUAUUUUUCCAAGUCAAGCCGGAUUGUUGGAGAACAAGACAUUCACAUCAGCAGAUAAAUUAAUAGUUGCUGCAGUCACUUUUACAAUGAAUAAAUAGAUGAACAAAUAUUGUUUAAAUAACUGGAGUUAUAAAUCUGCGACGAACAUUAGCAAUAUUUCUUUGUAAAUUAUCAUCUGCUGUGAUCGUCUAGUUGCUCGUGCCCCUUUCAUUUCUCAAAUAUCUCCACAUCUUGUUCUCUUGCUCUGACUGACUAUAAAAUAUAGAAUAAUUUUUUAAAUUUGCAUAUUAAUGUAUAAGUCUCAAUCUAAAUUAUUUCUUAAGUACUUAUCAGAUAUAUUAAUUGAACCUAAACCCGGUUUACGAUCGUCCUCUUGUUCUCACUUCUUAACUCGUGUUAAACGCCCUUUUGCUAAUUGGUUGAUUGAUUGAUUGAUCCAUGUUUAUCUGCGUCAUUUAUUAUUGUGACGAAUUUUAAUAUAAACAUGAUUCUUCACUUGUUUA